AUGAUUGCAAAUUUUAUUCAUAUCUAUCUAUCUAUCUAUCUAUCUAUCUAUCUAUCUAUCACGGUUUCUUUUUUAUUUUUGUCUGUCCCUAUCUAUCUAUCUAUCUAUCUAUCUAUCUAUGCCUCUUUUUUAUUUUUGUCUGCUCUUAUCUAUAUAUCUAUCUGUUUAUUUAUAUCUAUCUCUUCUUUCUUUCUUUCUUUCUUUCUUUCUUUCUUUCUUUCUUUUCCAAUUUUACUUGUUUCUUUCCUUUUUCUUUUGCCUUUUUCCAAUGUCUUUUUUGUUUUUACUCCGUUUUUCUUUUCUCUCCUUUCUUCAAUUUUCUCUUUCCUUUUUUUUUUUCAUUUUAUUUUUCCUCAAUUUCCCAGUCUUCGUAUUUCCACUUACGCCUCCAUUCUCUUCUUUCUUUCUUUCAGUCUGUUUUUCUUUCGUUAUCGUCUUAGUUUUUUUUCUCUUCCCCCUCUCAGUUUUCUUUCUUUACUUUAUUUUCCCUCUCAGUCUUUCUUUCUUUCUUUCUUUCUUUCUUUGAGCUUUCUUAGCACGAUUCUUCUCCUCCCACUUUUUUCUUUAUCUUACCUUAAAUCUUUCUCUUCUCUUUCUUUGAGUUAUUUCUUUUUUUUAUCUUUUUUCCUUCAUUGUUAA